AUGGCCGAUCCUCUGUCAAUGAUCGCUAGCAUUGCUGGGGUCGCAACAUUUGCCACGGCUACGGCGAGAGGCCUAAUCACUGUCAUGGCCGAGUUCCGCGACGCGCCAGAGGAAAUUUCCCACAUUCGCAGAGAUGUGCAGGGUCUCGCGGCCGUUCUCCAGUCUAUCCAGAGCACUUGUUCAAGGGCAAAUUUGUCACUGCAAGACGAGGCCCUCGUUCAGAGCCUGGCUGAUUACCUCGAUCUAUGCCAGACCACCAUGACGGCGAUGGAGAAGAUGCUCAAGUCAUUCAUAGAUAAGAGACCAAAAGGACGCAGCAUCUCCCGACUAAUCAGCUGGACCAGCUGGACCGUCCGCAAGGGCGAGAUCAGGGGCUUACGGGACCGGCUCCAGGAAGUCAAAGCCAGUCUAAACUUGACGAUAUCUGCCUUGAACGGCUUGAUCGAGGGCAAGGGAAAGGAGGAGUUGAGGUCAGAUGUCGGAAAGCUGUACAACGAGCUGCUACCCGAACUUCGGAAUGUGGAGACGGGUAAGAAGAUACGCCGCCGCGUCGAGGACGAUAUCGCUAGCUCCACGGCCGCUGGCAGGCGGACAUCUCUCUCGGAACUCACGGACAACGAUCUUCCCAUGAGGAGGUACCUUGAGCAAAACCUAGACACGGAAACUUGGCCAGCCGAAGGGCCUGGGGACAACUCUUGGCCUGUGCCAAACUUGUCACUCAUUGCGGCAGUGCGCACCCAGGACAAGGACCUGGUGAUGCAACUCAUCACCCAAGGGGCAUCGCUAGGCCAAAGGUCCGAAGAGGGAUACACGCUGCUGCAUUUCUGCUCCAUUUACAACGACGAGCAGAUGGCCGAGCUCCUCAUCAGCCACGGCGCGGACAUCAACACCAAAGACAACCGGCUGCGGUCGCCGUACCAGGUCGCCGUCGAAUCCGAGUCAAUGGGCGUUGCCACGCUCCUCGUGCAAAACGGGUGCUCCAUCGGCAGUUCCAUUGACGAUGCCUUGGAGCUGGCAAGGCGGUCCGACCAGAUACCGGGUUUCCCUGGCAUGCUCAAGACCCUCGCUACACGACUGAACGCACAACCACAGAGGAUAUUCCCCCUCCAGAAGGCCAUAGCCAAUGACGAGGUGACGGUGCUCGAGCAACUAUGCGAGGCCGGAUUCGACACGAACUUGAAGGAUGGCUACGGGCUCCCUCCUCUCUUUCACGCGUUGCUUCAGCGGAGAUGGUCUGCGGUUGAGAUCCUGGUGCGAUACAACGUAGAUGUUACGGGGCCACUGCCACCGGACACUAACAGCCGUCUGGACAGUACCAUCAAGUGGCAAAAGGAGCUCACCACCCUAUUGAAGACGCCACUGACAGUGGCGGCCUUUGCGGCUAACAACCCAACCAUCACGCGCUUGCUUCUACGUGCCGGGGCAGACCCCAACAUCUUGGGUCCCAGUGCACUCUGCGCAAAGGAGUAUCUAGAGUCGGCAAAGGCUCUCAUCGAGGGCGGCUCAGACGUCAAUAACAAGAACAGAGCCGGGCAAAGCGCCAUAUACUGGGCAGCUAAAUGUAGCAAUCCUGCGCUGCUCCGGUUCAUGUUGGAGCACGGCGGAGAUGUCGACAUCCAGGACAACCAACAAUGCACCGUGUUGCAUGUUGCAGCGAUGGAAAAUCAAAGAGCCAUUGCCGAGGUGGCCAUGGAAUACGGUGCUUCUACAGAUAUCAAGAAUAACGUCGGGGACACGGCUCUUGAUAUAGUUCGCCGUGAAGGCAGGACUGAUAUCACUUCAGUUAUAGAGAAUUUUGUAGUUCAGAGGGGAGCAACAUUAAGAGGUGGUGAGUUAUCUACAAGUAAGAAAGAAAACUAA